AUGGGUGGAGUAUUCAGCGGAACUAUUAUUCACCAACUGUGGCUGAGAUAUAAAUCAAAUCGUAACCAAGAAUCUCAAAGUGUUCAAGGAAGAAGGCAUUGUUGUCAACAAAGUAUACUAGUUCAGUCACUGUGGAAGAAAAUUAAGACAAAAAUAAAGAAAUUUAUCGAGCACCCAACUUGUCGCACUGUCGCUACUUGGACAGCCCUGCUGUUUCAAGUUGUAGGAAUAGGCAUUCUAUUUAUCAUUAUUAAACAAGCGAACGAUCGGCAAGCUCUGGCGAGUUCACUCGUCGUGUCUCUAGUUUUGCUGUCGUUGGUGUGGUCUCCCUACAUUCAAAACAACCUGACCGUUUCGGUCGAUAACCAGAAAACAGCUCGCUGGAAAAACGGAAUUCUGACAAAUUUUUGGAGAAUGUUGUUGAUACCAGUUGUAGCCGUUGUCAUGACGUCUACGGGUAUAGUAGGGGAUAUCAAUCUAGAAUCUGGUUUCAGUGCGGUGUGGAAGUUGUCAGAUGACACGCUAUUUUUAGUAAACAUUUUUACGACUCUGGGAGCUUACUUGACUACAUGGCUCGCUUGCACGGUAAAUAUGGAUUUUGUUGGAUUUGUUCUUCCACUCUUGCUGACGACGCCUGCCGCUGUCGCCAUGUCGCUUGGCAUUUGUGACUCUAACAAUGAUUUUUCAAACUACCUAGUGUGUGACCAUCCUGCCUUUAGAGAAAAAGAAUACGUUUAUGUCGUCUUUUCUGUUUCCAUGCCGCUAUUGUGGAUUUCACAAAUAAUCUGCUGUGUUUUCUAUGUUACACGCACGAAGCUCAUUCCCCUCAUCAAGGAGCAAGACUUGUUCAUUCAGUCGUACUAUAACUGUCCUUUCACUGACCAAAGCUUAAUGCUCAACCGAAAAAUAGAAGUCGACGAACGCAAAGUUAGAAAUCCAGUUCGAGAAGCCCUCGAAAGUCACGUGUUCAUUUGCACUACAAUGUACCGAGAAACGCUCGAAGAACAGGAAGCUUUACUUAGAUCGAUACAGCAAGUAGAUGAAGCGGAAGGUCGUCGACGUACUCGCCACUUUGAAUCUCAUAUAUUUUUUGACGGAGGCGCCAGACGUACACAUACGACAUACUUUGCAAACCAGUUGUUUAGUCUCUGUGAAAAGGUGCUCGGAAUCGAGCUAGGGAACGGAACGAAACAGGAAACGCCGUACGGAUUGCAAUUUUGCUGGACACUGAAAAACGGCAUGCCGUUCUACGUUCAUCUCAAAGAUCCCGCGAAAGUGAAGAAAAAGAAACGAUGGAGUCAGGUGAUGUACAUGUCCUACGUACUGAAACAUUGUCGACCUAACGAAGAAGACGACGACAAUACGUUUAUUCUUAUUACGGACGCCGACAUGGUUUUUGAUCGAGAAGCGAUCGAGAUUCUGAUUAAUCUACUUGCUCGAGACAAGCUAGUAGGCGGUGCUUGUGGUCGUGUGCACCCUAAUGGCAAUGGACCAAUAGUUUGGUAUCAAGCCUUCGACUAUGCUAUCGGAUCUUGGUUCCAAAAGGCGGCAGAGCACGUCCUCGGCUCGGUGAUGUGUUGUCCAGGAUGCUUUAGUGUUUUCAGAGCAAGCGCACUGAGAAAGGUCCUGCCCACGUACUGCUCAGAGGUCGAGAAAGCUAAGGACUUUCUUAUCAAAGACAUGGGAGAGGAUCGGUGGUUGUGCAUGCUGAUGAUUCGAAAAGGCUGGAGACUGGAGUAUGCUGCUGCAGCCGACUGCUUCACUUUCUGUCCUGACGAAUUUGAAGAACUCUUCAAGCAACGUCGAAGGUGGACGCCGUCGACGUUAGCAAACUUGACGGAGCUUUGCAGUAGCGCAAAGGAAAUCGUUCUGAACAACGACGCCGUUUCUAUUUGUUAUAUUAUUUACCAAGCGGCCAUUAUUGUCUCUACUGUCGUCGCAUCAGGAACGAUUAUACUCUUUAUGGCAGCUGGUAUAACUUACGCAAUGAACAGUGCAGACGAAAACUCUUCGUCUACCUACCUCACUUGUCUCAUUAUAUUGAUACUAAUUUCGUUGGCGUUCGGAGCUAUCUGUUUCUUGUGCAAUAACGAAACCCAGCUGAUGGUUGCUAAGGUACUCAGUCUAGUAUUUGUCGUGAUCAUGUCGACUGUAGCCAUCGGUGUAGCAGUUCAGAUUGUGCACGGCAUUGACGCUGCAUAUGGCCCUACUCCUACGCCGCCGUCGAAUAGAAAAAUCUUGAAUUUGCAGGAACGCGACAGUCGCAGCGUUUUCGACAGAGUGGCGAUUAGUACAUUGUAUUUAGCUGGCAUAGCUAGCUUGUACGUUUUAGCGGCUGUCUUUCAUCCGCGAGAGUUUACAUGCUUGUUUUAUGGUGUCUGGUAUCUUUUCUGUCUUCCUUCUGGUUAUCUCUUUCUCAUGAUCUAUUCCAUAUGCAAUCUCAACGACGUCUCGUGGGGAACUCGUGAGGCAGCAAAUCAGAAGAACAAGGAAAAGACGUUGUGGAAUCUGUUGAGGUCAUUUGUAUACAAGGUGAGGGACAUUUGGGGCUGCUGCAAGUGUUGCUAUUACUGGCCGUCUACGACCGAUGAAACUUGCCAUAAGAAAAGCAAACAAGAAAAUCUUGACGGCCAAGAUGUUCAGCUUGAUGGUAAUAUCUCAGAGACGAAUAAAGAAAAUAUGGAAAAGUCACAACGUGCACAAGGUUUAUCUAUAUUUAGUUUUUGGCAAUUGCAAUUUCACUUGAACUUCCCUAAUCCGGACACCUCCCUAGUCUGGACACUUCUUCCAGCGCAUACCAGGUCUUGGGGCUCCGAGGAUAAGCACUUUGGCAAGAAACUUCCAUCUGGACACUGA